AUGUCAGAAGAAGAGGCCUUGCUGUGCUUCUGCAUCAUCAAUUCCCAGGAGAUAGAAAAGGUGAUCGCCCUCUUUGAGAAAGUCGACCUUGAACACAACGGCAAGGUCAACAAAGAGGAAUUCAAGGCCUUGCUCGAGGAGCUCAAGAAGAGCGGAGCGGCCACUGUCGCUGGCUCCGCUGACAAGAUGCUUGUUGACCUCGUCUUCUCUGCUCUCGACAAAGACGACAGUGGCGACCUCAACCUGGAGGAAAUCCUCGCAGGCUAUCACACUCUGUUCGCCGACGAGCGAAUGGAGCUCGCCCGCUUGUUGAGUCCGUCAUUUCCC